ACCACAGCAGUCAUUCAUUUUACUUCCCUAACUAAAUAUAAACUCGUCAAAGAUACUGUGCAAUUGAUUUUGUCUCCCGCAAAUGGAUCGUUUCCAUUAUUACAAGUCCUUGUGAUUCCUAAACCGGCAGGCCCAAGAAGAUUUCUGACAGCAUUGCAUACGGCUAGCAAUAAGAUUGUCGUAGAUCCUUUGUACAUGCCCAUCGCUACUUCACCCAUGAGUCCAGGUCAAAAGUAUAGCAAUGGACAUAAGAACGGAUAUGAUAAUGAUUCAGAAAGCAAUCCAUUAGAUCGCGAAUUUGGUGAUUCGCGAAAUCCCUAUUUUAAUUCUGAAUCUACAUGUACUGGUAACAAUAGAUCAAGCCCUUCAAUGCAAAAUGGAAAUAAUUCUCGUUCUAAUAGUGUUGCCGGAACUCCAUUAAGUCCUCGAAGUGGACCUGGCGGAGGUUUAUUGAUAAUACCAAAAACGAUGUUAUUUCCAAAUAAUCGAAAUAAAUCAUCCGAAUCUGGAACUGCGAAUAACAAUGGGGAAUCAAAUAUCCAAAAUCAGGCGUCACCUAUGUCAUCAUCUCACCGAGUUGAAUCGGUCUAUGAGGAAAAUAUCAUAUCCACAGCUAUACCACCUAUCAAUUCGCCUCCUCAGCAGUCACCGGGUAAUACCCGGAGAAUUACUAAUGGUUCUACGGCUAAAUCACCAUCAAAAACCAAUAAAGCGAUCAAAUUAUCUGUAAAUUCUGAAGACAUUAUUCCUCCGAUUAAUGUAUUAAUAGUGGAAGAUAACCCUAUCAAUCAAGCUAUAUUGUCAGGAUUUAUGCGAAAAAAGAAAAUCAAGUAUGAAUGUGUUAGUAACGGUCAGGAAGCAGUCGAUAAAUGGAAAAAUGGACACUUCCACCUUGUUUUGAUGGACAUCCAACUUCCUGUAAUGGACGGAAUCGAAGCAACGAAAGAGAUACGACGUCUCGAAAAGAUCCAAAAAAUAGGAGUAUUACCUUCGACACCACCUGCUGCAUCAUCACUUUCAUCCUCGGCUACAUCAUCUGUAGCAUCCACUCCUUUAGCCACUCCUAUCGAUAAUCCACUCGCACAAAAUACACCGUCACCAGUGAUUCGUUCACCUGUAAUUAUUGUCGCAUUAACUGCUUCAUCGCUUCAAUCUGAUAGAAAGAAUGCUUUAACAGCUGGCUGUAACGAUUUUUUGACUAAACCCGUGAGUCUAGUAUGGCUUGAAAAGAAGAUUAAAGAAUGGGGAUGCAUGCAAAUAUUGAUUGAUUUCGAUGGUUGGAGAAGAUGGAAGAAAACGGAAGACGAGAUAAAACAAAAAGAAGUGGGACAAAUGACGACUACGAAAAACAUCAAUUCACCUUCGACUAAACAAAGUUCUGCACUGACAACACCAUCAUCAGCAGCAAUCUCGAAUAAUAAAAAUAAUAAUAUCAAAAUCGCCACAUCAAAUUGGAUUAAUGUUAACAAUAGUAAUGAUAAAAUAUGA